AUGGAUUCAUUGUGGUUCAAGAAAUCGAUGCCAAGGAGUUUUAGGACUAAAGAAGAGCAGGAAUUCGCUGCGGUUGAAGAUGAAGUGAAUAUUGGGCAGAAAACGUAUGUUGAGACUUUGAAUGCCUUCCAUAUCAUUUCGUUGUCUGAAGGGUUCAAUUUGUCGCCUCUUUUUGAGAAGACGAGGGUGGAGAAGGAGGAGUUGAGAUUUGCAACCACUAAGCCAGCAAGCAGUGUGAUAACCAAGCUCGAAGAAGUGGCAAAAAUAAGGAAUUUUAGCGUAAAGAAGAAUGAUUCAAGUGUCCGAUUGCAGGGGCAAGAGAGUGGCAGAAAGGGGAAGCUUGGAAUAGCUGCAGAUAUAUUUGCUGUGACACCUUCAUUGUUGAUGGUUGAGGUGAAGAAGUCUGGUGGUGAUACUUUGGAGUACAAUCAAUUCUGCAGUAAAGAGUUGAGACCUGCACUUAAAGUUUCUGUUAUUAAUGCUGCGAACGUCUCUGCUCAAGUCAGCAACAUCCCAAUGCUGAGCGAGACGAACUUUAAAGUUUGGAAAGAAGCCGUGGAAAUUGUCCUCGACUGUAUAGAUUUGAAUCUUGCACUUCGUUCAGAUCGACCCGCUUCUACUCCGAAAAACCACAAUGAGGGUAAAAUUGAAAAGUGA